AUGAAGCGGAAGAAUAUAGAGCCAAGCGCACAUAUAUAUUGUAGCUUGAUUAACGGGUUAGGGUCCGAGAAUAGGUUAAGCGAGUCUUUACAAUUCUUCGAGCUAUAUAAGUCGUGUGGGCAUGCUAUUGAGGCUCCAACUUAUAACGCGGCUGUGGGGUCUUAUUGUUGGUCAAUGCGGAUUGAUGAUGCUUUUAAGGUAGUUCACGAGAUGAAACAAUGUGGGGUCGGGCCAAAUUCGCAAACUUUUGACAUAAUUCUUCAUCACUUGGUUAAAGCGCGAAGAACAGAAGAGGCGUACAGCGUUUUCAAACGAAUGAAAGAUGAGUUUGAUUGUGAUCCGAGUGUGAGUACUUACGAGAUCAUAAUACGGAUGUUUUGUAACGAGGGUAAGGUGGAUAUCGCGAUGAGUGUUUGGGAAGAGAUGAAGGGGGAAGGAGUGCUACCGGGAAUGCAUGUGUUUGCUACUUUGAUUAACGCGUUGUGUCGCGAAAGAAAGUUGGAAGAUGGUUGCAAGUAUUUUGAAGAAAUGUUGGAUAUGGGUAUAAGGCCUCCUACACAUAUGUUUAAUAAGCUAAAACAAGCUCUUGUUAGUGAAGGGAAAGAAGAUGUUGUGAUGAUGUUGACUCGUAGGCUUGAGAAAUUGAAAACACUUUUAGUGGUUUGUUGA